UUUUCAACACUGGCUUCUUGACGUUUUGUUAUUACAUAAAAUUUGUGUGCAGAUUAUUGGAUUUGCACUUAAAUAUUUAGUUUAAUCGAGCGUAUGGCAGCAUUAAUUCGGAAUCUGAGUGCCAGAAUUGCUACGGCCGCUUUGUCGGCCAGGCAUGUGGUACCCGCUGGAACAGCUGCUCUGCGAUUGGCAAGCACGGCGGCCGUUGAUGCCAAAGCACCAGAGAAACCUACUGUGCGCAAACCAGACGCUGCAGCUCGUACCAGUCUAUCGGAUUUUGGUCGCUAUGUAGCCGAGUGUAUGCCAAAGUACGUGCAAAAGGUUCAACUGACCGCUGGGGAUGAACUGGAGGUGCUGAUUGCACCGGAGGGUGUUGUGCCCGUGCUGCAGUUCCUGAAGGAUCAUCAUCAGGCGCAGUUUACCAAUUUGAUAGAUAUUGCCGGCAUGGAUGUUCCGUGUCGCAAAUAUCGAUUUGAGGUUAUUUAUAAUUUGUUGUCGCUGCGCUUCAACGCCCGUAUUCGCGUCAAGACAUACACGGAUGAGCUGACUCCUCUGGAUUCAGCUUGUGAAGUGCACAAGGCGGCCAACUGGUAUGAGCGUGAGAUUUGGGACAUGUAUGGUGUCUUCUUUGCCAAUCAUCCGGAUCUGCGUCGCAUCCUAACCGAUUACGGCUUCGAGGGACAUCCACAACGUCGUGACUUCCCGUUGUCCGGUUAUGUUGAGCUGCGCUAUGACGAUGAGAAAAAGCGUGUUGUCUGUGAGCCUUUGGAGUUGGCACAAGAGUUCCGCAAAUUCGAUUUGUCGGCACCGUGGGAACAGUUCCCCAACUUCCGGAAUGCUAAUCCUCCAUCGGAGGCACUUGAUGCUCCCGCAGAAAAGAAGAAAUAAAUGCUCGGCGACAAAUGCUACAGUUUGUGAAAUGGUAAUUAGUUAAAAAGUAUCAAUAAAAACGAUAUGUAGAGCUUGUAAAAUUAAAAA